AUGGGACAGGUUCCUCUUCCAACAUUACCAGACUCCGUCACCACUAUCCUUCAUCAGGAUUGCGCCCCGACCCAAGACACAGAACCUCAGAGAUCGGGCCUGAUGAUGUCGAACGGCCUGCAGAUGCUGGAGCAGGUGACCAGAGGCAGGUCCCUACAGCCCUCCAGAGCAAACGCCCCUACAGUCUCACCCAACGUGGCCAUCGAGCAACCCAAACUACCCUCCCCGGGCGAGCUUUUAUUAGAUAAAUGGGAAUCUGGCUAUCGCUCGGCUCUUAAUAGUACCAAAACCACCAAGACCAAGGUAGACGACAAGUCGAGCGUUAGCAGAGCUGGCUUCAAUUGGGAUAAGUUCACGGAUUUCACCGAUGUCAAAGUGGAUGAUAUGAACCUUAACUGGGAUGAGAUCAUUCCUGCCGACAGGCUCGCUGAGAUGGAGGCUGAAGAGCAGCAAAAGAAAGAGGAAGCCUACAUUAAAAGGGUAGUGGCCGAAAAUGCACCGCGCAAAGCUGCCAUAAAGCGACGCAACAGAAAGAAAGUGCUGGAUUCACUCCCCGAGAAGCCUGAUGUGGAACAACAAGACAGGGAUAUCUAUUCGCACGACUUGUUGCGAGCACCCUCACUAGAAGGAGCACAGGGCUAUCAUCCACCAGAAGCUUAUGGACCCCUCCCGCUUCACCGCAAUACAGACAGAUUGCUGGAUUGCAGACUUCAGAGCAACCAUUACACGAUUUCGCAAGACCACACUUCCGGCCAGGAGGCUCAUGAGGAAAGCCUCUUAGCCAGCUUUGGGAAUAGACGACGGACAGACAAGCCUUCUAUGUCCCGAGUCGGCCGCGGAAUUUUGCAUCGGUCGCCGAAUUCUUUGCCCAGUUUAGAAAACAGUAAUGACGUAGCAACUCGAGGCGGAGGGUCCGGUAUGCAAAAGGCUUCUCAAGACGACUUGGAUUUCUUGAUCAACUGGCGACCGGUCGAUUCAAAGACAACAAUAGUGAUAAAAUCUUUCCCCAAAGUAACCGCUACAACUGAUCCCAACGAGGAGAAGGAUACGGGGGAUGAAGUCAAGUUUGAGUGGGUUCGCAAGAAAGAACGCCGCCAUCCAGUACAAUCACUUCCAGGGAAUUUUGGUCAUGGCAGCCAGCAUUUCUUCCGUGUCGACACAUCUCGGGUCAGCAAGAGUGGCGAUAGACCCCUGGCGACCUUGACGCCUCGAUGCCAUAGCUGCAAUCGGAGUGUCAGCAGUGAAUGGCGACGUGGACCUGAUGGAGCUGGGACACUUUGUAGUGCUUGCGGGUUGCAUUAUGCUAAAUUGGAGAGAAAGCGUAAAUCAGGUUGA